CGGCACCUUUCUUCCCUGCAUCUUGCUCGGACAGACCUCGGACCGCAUGCGUGACCCCACCAUGCAGACUGCCGACAACUUCAACAGCGAUUGUAUGAUCUUCUGCGGUAUCCAGUGUGUCACCGGCUGCGGUUGGAUGUAAGUGCCGACUACCUUGGCUUUCCAAGGUGGACCUCGUCUGACUUGUUACAAUAGCUACGCCAUGAUGAAGCGUGGAGAGAUCCGUGAGCGAUACGGUAUCAAGGGCAGCGGCAUGGGAGACUGCUGCGCCAGCUACUGGUGCGGCUGCUGUGCUCUCAUCCAGCAGGACAAAGAGGUCAAGGCUCGCGUCGCCGCGGGUCCCAUCACUCAGGGAUACCAGGGCCAGAAGGAGGGCAUGCACAUGCCUCCCGCUCAGCAGCAGCAGCAGAUGCCUCCCCAGCAGAUGUCUCCCCAGCCUAUGUCUCCCCAGCCUACCUACCACCAGGCUCCCGAGGGAUCAUUCCCCCCGCAGCAGCCCGUCUACGACCCUAACCAGCCCCAGGCCAAGUACUAAGUGACCGAGUAUGAAGCUGAGGUGAAGGGCGAAUGCAGACGAAUUGUGGCGAUAACACAACACGAGACAUCGCAUGGAAAGAAAAGGCAGGCCGGUGGAAACACGCGGUACGGGAAUUGACGCGCUGGAUGGGUACGCAUUCUGGAUUAUACCCCCAUUGACUUGAUAUUGUCAUGUUUCUUUUGUUCAUUUCUAUUUUAUUUUACUCUGCCUGGGCUGGUUUGCAAUGCGCCUGUCUGUAUGGGUGUAUGAAUGCUGGUCCUUCGAUAAUUUCGGGGACCAUCCCCAAGGAGUGGAGAAAUCGGUGACCUGAAAAAGAGAAGCAAUAAAGAAAUUGGUGUCGGAUUGAGAUCGCUCCGAAAGAAUAAAUCUAUGCAUAAUCAUCACACUCAUUACCC